AUGAAGCAACUUAUCGACGUCAAGUUGUCAUUCUUAAAAAGUUUACAGCCGCCAAACAGAAAACUCGAACACGAAGCACGUGCUUGCCUUUCGUUUGAAGCAAUGCCGAUUGCGAAUGACAAAGAAAUCAAAAGUAUCUUUCAAGACAUAACAUCAGAUGAAAUGGUGUCCGAAGCCAGCUUAGGAUCUGAAGCACUCCUGCCGAAAGGUCCUGUUUUGCUUCCAUCUGCCGCAUCGUCUGAUGUUCAUUCCAAGCCACGUGUGAGACGCAGAAGUCGCGAGGCUGGUUUCACACCAAGGUCAUCAGACAAAAGUCGAAAUAAUGUAGAAAAUUAUCUUGCCCCAACAACACGAAACAUAGUAUAUGAGUUAUCUUCAAUGCUUGAUCAAUCCUCGGAUUUCCAUGCAGACAACAAAAUGACUGAUCAGACACAAACACUUUAUGGACACCCGACGACAGGAUGUUUUGGUACAGAGGUUUGCCGUCAUCCAAGAUCUAAUCUCGGACAUCAUAUGGGAAAUGUUAUUGAUGAACAUAGUAUGACAGGGAUGGACUCUGAGCAGACAGAAAAACUGGCUCAAACUAUUAGCACUAGUUCUCAAACCAGCUAUGAUACAAGAAUGGACCAUAUUACUCGCGAAUCUGGUCAGUUUUCAACUGAAUCCGAAAGUGAGCGAGAUCUGGGAUUUUCCAGUCACAGCACCAGUAGCAGCUGUCAGUUUGAAACAAGUCCUACAGAGCAAGAGCAAGUCGAUGGCUCCUGGAAUAAUUUUCCUAUCGACUGGUCAGAUGCAGAAGCAGAUAUUUGUCAGCACGGAAACAACAAAAUUGACGACCUCAUUUACCAUUUUGAUAAGUUUUUUCGUGGACAGAUAGAAAAUAAAUUUACUGAGAUGGGAGAUUUUAUACACUCUUUGAUGACAGAGCAGCAGACACAUGUGAGAUACAUAGUCAACACGGCGGUUACCACCAGUCAGACUUUGACAUCGUUUGAAAAGGAUACAACCCUGGGAUCUCCUAUCCGAAAACUGACCCGUCUUUCUAGUAGUCAAGAAGUACCGGGCAGUCCAACAGUUAUGUCACCUGUCGCAGAAAAUGUAGAUUUGUCUAAAGGUCCGAGGACAACACACAAGUCUAUACAAGUAGAAGAUAAAAGGGAAAGAUUGCUACUAAGGAUCCUGUCAACAUCCUGUGCAGUAGGAUGUGUGUUACUUCGUCCAGAGUUCCACGCGUGAGUCUUGACCACGCUCUCUUAUGUGGAAGGCUUGACCCCGUCCUGUGUUGUGGAGAUGCGUUUCGUGGACAUUGACAUUUCUGAAUGUGGGUUGUACUGUGACCGGAUUUAACACAUGAAAAGUCCCGACCAACUACAGUGCUAGUACUAAGUUUCUUCCCGGAUGCCGUGAACACUAUUGACGAUUCUAUAUGAGGUUCUGAUGUGUUAGGGUGGUAGGACUUUAAUACGGGGAAAAGCCCCGGCGUGUUCCUACGUCAGUUCAUUCCGUGAAUUAGAAAAUCCUACCUGUAGAUCUAACUUAUGACAUGGAAAUGAAGUAAAUGGAAUCCUGACAUGCAUUUCAAGUUUACAUGGGGUCAAACAUUGUCAAACUACGUACAAUAGUAUUGUUAUAUUAUGAAGCGAACAUCUUUGCACUGCCACCAUUGUACAGCGAAAUAUCUGUCAAACUUUUUACUGGAGUGAUCUCCCCUUUAUCACGAAGGUCGUUUGCGCGUCGUUUAUAAAAAAAUACAUAGUUGAAUCGCAUUACUGCUACAGUGUAGCAAGGCGUUUGUCUUACGGUUAAAAACUAAAUAACGAAUAUACCUCCAAAAUAAAAACUGUUCAUUAUUUCAGCCCUAACAGAACAACACGGAGAGACUUGUAUCGGGGUAACAGCUGCACAUUAUGAACUGUUCGAAUCUGAAUUUGAAAAUACACAGUAU